AUGUCUACCCAUGUACCGGCUGCCCUGGAUCAGGGCACCGGUUAUGGCAUUGUCCUCGGCCUCGGAGCUCUGUUUGCCUUUGGCAUGAUAUUUGUCACAUUUGUCCUCAAGCGUUACAAUGCUGAGUUGCAAACAUCCGAGAUGUUCAACACGGCCGGCAGGACCGUAAAAUCCGGUCUUGUCGGGUCGGCUGUCGUGUCGUCGUGGACAUGGGCGGCCACGCUCCUCCAAUCCACCGGUGUCUGCUACCGUUACGGAGUAUCCGGGCCGUUUUGGUAUGCGAGCGGCGCCACGGUCCAGAUCAUCCUUUUCGCGACCCUGGCCAUCGAGCUGAAGCGUCGCGCACCUAAUGCCCACACAUUCCUCGAAGUCAUCAAGGCGCGGUUCGGCACCGCCGCCCACAUCACCUUUAUGGUAUUUGGUCUCGUCACCAACAUCCUGGUGUCUCUGAUGCUCAUCGUCGGCGGCUCGGCCACCGUCAAUGCCCUCACCGGGAUGCAUACCAUCGCCGCCAUUUACCUUCUCCCUGUGGGCGUUGUGGCCUACACCAUGGUCGGAGGCCUGAAGGCGACCAUCCUGACCGACUGGGUCCACACCUUCAUCCUGCUCGUCAUCAUCAUCAUAUUCGCGCUCACGACCUACGCCACGUCGGAAGACCUUGGCUCCCCGUCGGCCGUGUACGACCUGCUCGUCGAGGCAGCAUCCCGCCACCCCGUCGACGGCAACAAGGAUGGCAGCUAUCUGACGAUGCAGUCCAGGGAGGGCGCCAUCUUCUUCGUCAUCAACAUCGUCGGCAACUUCGGCACCGUCUUUCUCGACAACGGCUACUACAACAAGGCCAUCGCCGCGUCGCCCGUCCACGCCCUUCCGGGCUACAUCCUCGGCGGCCUGUCCUGGUUCGCCAUUCCCUGGCUGACCGCGACCACGAUGGGUCUGGCCGCCAUCGCGCUCGAGAGCAGCCCACGCUUCCCUACCUUUCCGAACCGCAUGUCCGACGGCGAAGUGUCCGAGGGCCUCGUGCUCCCUUACGCGGCCGUGGCACUGAUGGGCAAGGGCGGGGCCGUGGCCACUCUCCUAAUCACCUUCAUGGCAGUCACGUCGGCCACCUCGUCCGAGCUCAUCGCCGUCUCGUCCAUCUUCACCUACGACUUUUACCGAACCUACUUCAACCCCGGCGCCAGUGGCAAGCGUCUGAUCUGGAUCAGCCACUGCAUCGUGGUCGGGUACGCCGCCUUCAUCGCCACCUUCUCCGUCGGCCUCUGGUACGCCGGCAUCAGCAUGGGCUACCUGUACGUCAUGAUGGGCGUCAUCAUCUCCGCGGCCGUCCUGCCCGCCGCCCUGACCCUGACCUGGUCCGGCCUGAACAAGUGGGCCGCCACGCUGUCGCCCAUCUGCGGCCUGGUGGCUGCCAUCGCGGCCUGGCUCGCGACUGCCAAGCGCGAGUGCGGCGUGCUCGACGUCAAGUGCACCGGCUCCAACAACCCGAUGCUGGCGGGCAACGUGGUCGCUCUGCUGGCGCCCGUGGUGCUGAUACCGAUCUUCACGUUGGUCUUUGGCAUGCUGAUGAUUCCCCGCCUGAACAGUGUUGCGUUUCUCGUCCUUUGGCCGAUGCCAAUGUACGGCUCGGGCUAUAUCUUCUCGAAGCCUUUCUUCACCGGCUGGGUAAGACAAACAAACACCUUGCUCCACGCAAGCGACGUCGCCAUCGGCAUCAUCUGGAUCUUCUGCUCCCUCGGCGCCGUUGGACUUUUCCCCAUAUACGAGGGCAGAACGACGCUGGUCAACACCUUCAGGUUCAUGAUUUCGGACCUCGGCGGCAAGCCGCGGCACAGGAGAUUCAAGGAACAGCAGGCUGGCUCGCCGAGCGGUGGCUCCACGCUGGGCGAGAAGGGUCAGGAUUCCAAGGAUGGCAAGAAUGGCUCUGUGCAGGUUACUAGCUCGUGA